CCAGGCUUCACUUGGUUUACUACAUUCAACCACUAACUUAAAAGAACAACGAUGGCUUCAAAUACAGUAGACAACCUUGACUUUAAAAAUGAUGUCUGGAAAUCAUUUAAGACGACUUCUGCAGAUCAAAAGUCAGAUCCUGUGGUCGAAUUCAAAUCUCUCGCUCGUAGAGAUGCCUUUGAACGAAUGGACACUGAAUUGAAGAAUUUGCUUGAAACAGCACCAGAAGAUAAGAAAGAGGAUGCAUUGAAGAAUAUGAAAGGCUUCAAAGAGUUGUUUGCCAGGUAUCUUGAGGAAGAAGGUCCAUCAGUACUUUGGGACAAAAUCAAACCUCCUCCAGAAGGAUCUAUUGUUAUGUAUCAUGAGAUACCAGAGGUUCCAGCAAGCACUAUUAAGGAAGUCCUCAAUAGACUUGUGGUGAUCAAACUUAAUGGAGGUUUAGGUACAAGUAUGGGAUGUACUGGACCCAAAAGUCUGAUCUCGUUACGUCGGGAUUUAACCUUCCUAGACAUGAAUGUUCAGCAAAUUGAGCAUUUAAACAACAAGUAUGGCUGCUCUGUUCCACUUGUCCUCAUGAACUCCUUCAACACACAUGAAGAGACUCAGAAAACCUUGAGAAAGUACAAAGCCAAUAAUGUGAAAAUUCAUUGCUUUAAUCAGAGUCAACAUCCCCGCAUUGUAAAGGAGUCUCUCCUUCCCUUACCUAGACUCAUAGGAGCUCAGAAAAAUGAGUCAAAUAUUGAGUGCUGGUACCCUCCAGGCCAUGGUGAUAUUUAUCGCUCAUUCUACAACUCAGGACUUGUCCAAGAAUUCAUUGAUGAAGGCAAAGAGUUCAUAUUUGUGUCAAAUAUUGACAACUUGGGAGCCACAGUAGAUAUAAAUAUUUUGAAUUACAUGUUAAAUCCUUCGCGAUCGCCAGCACCGGAGUUUGUCAUGGAAGUCACGGAUAAAACACGGGCUGAUGUCAAGGGAGGAACCCUCAUAGAAUAUGAAGGAAAACAAAGACUUUUCGAAAUUGCACAAGUUCCUAAAGAACAUGUUGAUGAAUUCAAGUCAGUUAACAAAUUCAGAAUCUUCAACACCAACAAUUUGUGGAUGAAGUUGGCUGCAAUUAAGAGGCUUGUAGAGGAGGACAAGAUGCACAUGGAAGUUAUUAUCAACAACAAGACCCUUGAUAAUGGAAUGCGUAUUAUUCAACUGGAGACAGCCGUGGGUGCUGCCAUGAAAAACUUUGAAGGAGCACAUGGUAUUAUCGUACCACGAAGACGUUUCCUUCCAGUCAAGACAUGUUCAGAUCUACUGUUGGUCAUGUCGAACCUGUAUGACAUGAAGCACGGUCGGCUCGAGAUGAGUCCGCUGAGACAGUUUCCGUCUGUGCCCAUAGUGCAGCUCAGCGGUGAUCAUUUUAAAAAGGUGAAGGAUUUCUUGAAUCGUUUUGAGACCAUUCCAGAUUUAAUUGAACUGGAUCAUUUGACAGUGUCUGGGGACGUCACAUUUGGUAAAGGAGUGUCUUUGAAGGGAACAGUGAUAAUCAUUGCCAAUCAUGGGGAAAGGAUCGAUAUUCCUUCAGGCUCACUUUUGGAAAACAAGAUUGUUUCUGGAAAUCUGAGAAUUUUACAGCAUUAACAAACAGAACAAAAGCUGAUUACGUGUCUCUAUCAGCUAUCGAUAAAGUUUAUUCUAAUUUUCCCCUUUUAUUAAUCCCAAAAGUAUUUAGUCUUUGUUAAAAAGUUAGUUGGUUAUAAACGAGUGCUAAUACGAGGGCGCGAAGAAUGGCCAUUACUGUUCAGUGAAACAACUGUUUACAUUUUAUUUUCGUGCGCCCUCUUUUCGCUCCUUUCCACUGAAGUGUGCCAUGUAUUGGUUAGCCAGUGUCUUGUUCACAUGGCAAUAAGUAAAUAUUGAUUGUAUAAAUUUAUUUAAUAAACAAUAUUGUAAUAUAAUAGACAAUAUCGAGUACAUUUACGUUUUCAACAUUA